CUCGACGCCGUGCGGCGAUGCAAAGACCACAGUCUCUUUGAUGUGCUGAUGAGCCUGUUCAAGCGCUCUGUGAAUGUGGACCAGGACGGCAGUGGGUGGAUUCCCGUGCUCCUGCGCCCAGGCCGCACCGCGCCUGGGCUGAAGGGGCGGAUCUUCUCCGGCAUCGGUCGGGUGCCCGCACAGGAGUUCAUGAAGCAGCUGCCGCCGGAGAUUCGCAAGGAGAUCGAGAUGGGGGUCCCAGACACGCUUGUGGGGCGCUCUGCAUUUGCCUUCAAGAAGUUGGUCCGCUACAUCGCGCGGCAUCGCCUUGGAACCGUCGAGCUGGACAUCAAGAACUCGUUCUUCCAGCUCUUGAACCGACAGAAGCCGCUGCCGCCCAUCAUGGCGGAGUACCUGGACCACCGUGAGGCCCGCCGGCGCAGCGUGGCGAAGGAGCUGAUGAUUGCCCUGGGCUUUGGGGGUGGUUUCGCAAACUGGACGAGCAAGGUGCUGCAGGACAUACCCUUGGCUUCGGAUGAGGGGGAGCGCGGCGAGGUGGCUGCUUGGCUCUACGGCUUCGAGACGGCGGCGCGCCUCGACCACGUGGCCGUUUUUGAGCUGCUGCCACAGAAGGCCAAGGACUGGCACAUGGAGCAGGGCCGCUCCACUGCCUCGGGGGCCUUUGCCCUGUACGCCCACCACGAGAGGUUGCAGAUGGAGAAGAUGGCGGCGGCAGCGGGCAGGGCCUUCAUCGACCACCAGCACGACGGCAUCGGGGCCCUCCGCUCCGCGAGCGAGGCCGUGAAGCGAGCCGUGGAUGUCGAGGUGGUCGUGCACGAGCUGGAGGACCCGUGGGCAUACGCGGCGGCGAAGUGCCCCAACUUGGAUUGGAGACUCAAGUCGAAGAUGGAGUUCUCCGGGUACCACCAACUGCUCCAGCGCUGCAGGCAGCACGUCAUACUUGGACGGGCGAGGGCAAACACCGUGGACUUUGCGAAGCUGGCGGCGGCGAAGCUGUUCCCGGUCGUACACGUUCCGGUGGAGGGGGGUGAGAAGAGGACCACCUACGAAAGCUUCGAGAAGGGAGGCUUCUGGCUGGUGCGAAACCGGGACGACUUGGGCCAGACCGUGGAAGACCUGAUGAACAAGAUGUGUUGCCCGGUCUUCGAGACAGCCGAUGAGAACUACGUGCCGCCGCCGCCCCUCAACGAUACUGCCUUCUUCACCGGUCUGUCCUCGUCCGUUCUGGGGCGUCUGGCAGGCCCGCAGAUGGCGGACCUCGACGGCGACGAGACACGGCACAAAAUCCUCUUUUGCGACGGCAUGCUCUACGAUUUCAAGGAGCGUGUCCUCCGAUCACCGAUCCCCGCCGACCGCAUGGGCUUCCACGCGGCGGCGACCUCAGAGAUGUGGCAGCCGAGCAAGGCGACCAAGCUCUUCGAGCACAUCCUGGCUUUCUUGAAGGAGCAUGUGGAGACGGGGGUGUGUCUGCUCGAGGCCAGCGAGAAUGGCAAACAGGUCAUCGAGUGCUUCGAGGAAUUGGAGCAGGACGGGUGCGAGAUCCUCCGCUACAUGAAGGUGUACGGGGACUGGGACUCCGUCCUGUACGAGCUGCGUCUCAUGACCAGGGCCAUCUCCGCGACGCCGCGGUUCUGCGAGAUGUACUACAUCUGGGGAAGCCAGGAUUCCGGGAAGGACACCAAGGUGAAGAUGUUGCACGCCUUCUUCGGUCACGGCCAGGACAACUACGGGGUGCAGCUUCCGGGAAACUAUGUGGUGCAACAGACUCGCUACCUGACCGCGAAGGACGGACCCGCGCCUUACCAUGCAAGGACUCUAGGCAAGCGGCUGGCCUGGGCCAGUGAAGUCCCCGAGCACUACUCGUUGGCGGAUGACUUCAUCAAGCCCUUUUGUGACAUGGAAGGUGCGCCAGUCUGCAGCAGGAAGCUCAACAAGGGUCCCCGGGACUUCAUGCCUACGGCUUUGCUGGUGGCAACAAGCAAUCACCCUCCCCGUGUGACUCGACCGGAUGGGAUGCUGCGGCGGCUUCGAGUCUGCCAGACAACGGUCAGCUUCACCUUGAAGCCGUCCAUGGCCACCGAGGAGCGAGCCGUGGAUGGAGAGUUCAACAAGUACAUCUUCUUCCUUGCGGCAAAUCUCGUGGACUCGUUGGAGAUGGAGUACAACCCAGGCACCGAGAUCAAGCCGCAGCCACCGGAGAUGAAGAUGAGCGCCAUGGACCUGGUCCCAUGUGCAGACAAGGACGAGGAGGCCAAACCCGAGGCCUUCAUGGCGGAGAUGUGUACCUACCUCAGCCUGGACACCUUGGGCGCGGCAAAGAGCGUGAUCUCGAAGUUGGGGAUCAAAGGACAAUCCUAUGGCCCGCGGUACAUCUCCACCCUCAAGCAACAUGAGCGCAUGGUGGGUGUGAAGCUCCGAUCGGCAUCGACAAGUAGCUCUUAG